CGGGAAACGUGUCCACCGGCGAGAGUUGUCGGCUCGUCAUUGGCUGAUUCUCGGGCUGUCAACAAACGCCAAGAUGGUUGGUAUUGAGUCUAUGUCAAGAUAUGUGUCCCCGGUGAAUCCCGCCAUCUACCCACACUUGACAUUAGUUCUCAUGAGCAUUGGGAUAUUCUUCACAGCAUGGUUCUUCGUGUAUGAAGUCACCUCCACAAAACUCACACGAGACUUCUUUAAGGAGUGUCUUAUUGCCCUCGUUGCUUCCGUGUUUAUGGGCUUCGGCAUCUUGUUCCUACUUCUAUGGGUAGGGAUAUAUGUUUGAGAGGGUCUAUAAGGAUAUAGAAGCAUAAAAGAGAGCAUUUGGGAGUGAGUGAAAGGCACAGUAGAGUCAUUCCAGCAAAUUGAAGUCUGAUUCCAUGUUGUGACUGAAAUAAAGGGUUGUUUUAGUUUUCAA